AUCUCACAAGUCGGCGGCGCGUAUCCAAGCUGGCCCCGUUGCCCUCCUACCUUGUCCAAACCCGUGCAUAAAUUUGUAAUUUCUCUUCAGUUUGGCGUGCUUUGCCUUUCGUCGGUCUUUUUUUCUAUUAUUUUUUUUUAAUUUCUUCCCUUUGGCGUGCCACCCGGGGUUUCGUUGUCGCGUGCGAUCGACCGUUGUUUGGAUGUUCGGCGACCUCAAAGAGUCCUAAGGGAAUUCCUUCUAAAUCAUCUCGUUGCCAUCUUCGAGUCUCACAAAUUCGCCUACCUUCCAGCGCCCUCCCCCCGAGCCGCUUGUCAAACUUGUCCCGUAAACAUUCAGGCAGGCAUAACAGACAGUCGGCACCAUCGGGUUGUCCAGGACAGCUGUCUCGUCGAGCUUCGCGACCGGUUUGCGAUCCAGGUCUCGCCGGAAGUCAAAUGGGACGGCGAGCCUGAUACCCGAACCAAUAAUUCGACCGAGAGGUCUCCAAAUAAUACCUCUCCCUUUCUCAAGUUUGAUAUUCAAGGCGACAGGCGGCAGGAAUCCUCGAAUCACGAGGUGAUCUGCCUCAUCCAAUGUCCAAACGAGGAGCGGAGAUUCAAGGCUCCAAGGAAACAGGAUUAGACACUAUGUCUAUGAAUGCAGAAGCGCCGCAGCGGGCUACGGCCGCGCAGUUGGCGAAAAGAAAAAUCAAGCCAUUAGGUCAACGACGAGGUCGCGUCGGAUCGCCGAAUAUAGCUGCCUCGACCCAGCCGUCUCCUUUUAGCACUAUCGAUCCGAACAUCGUCCCAAACUCGACACCUUCAGCCACAACAAACGGCUUUUCAUUUCAAUCCCAAAGCUUUUCACAGGGCAACUCCCAGAACACCCAACCCCAACCGUUCGGAGAUCAGAAUAGUUCUUUCUCAUUUUUCGGCUCUCAAAGCAACUCUGCGCCGUCGUCGUUUAGCUUUUCAGCCUCAACUCCCAACCAGCAGAUCACGAAUCCGUUCAACAACACCUCUUCCAAUCAAAAUUCUAAUUUCCAGGGAUUCAAGGGAAAUAUGUUCAAUAUUCCCGCUACCACCGGUGAGGACGGUCAGUCGGGGACUAGUACUACCAGCGGUUUUGGAGUUAGCGGAUUUGGUACCCAGCAGGGCCAGCCACCGUCAUUCUCGUUUGGCGGCAAUGGUCAAACCCCCAAUCCACCCUUUGCAGCGUCAACCGCGGCCACUAGCAAUAUCUUCGGACAGCCGUCCGGUACUAGCAUCUUUCCAACUUCUCAGCCGUUUGGAGCCACUCCGGCUACCCAAGGAAACAAACCCGCAGACCAGAUGCAGAUGUCACCAGAUGGAAAACCUGCCUUAGGAGCCAGCAAGUCAAACAUUUUUAAUUUCUCCGCACCGGCGCAACCUGCGUUUACUUCGGCUACCACCACUACUCCCUCGUUUGCGUUCGGUAGCCCGUUUACCCAGACUAGCACACCUACCACCUCAGCAUCCAAAACUACCGAUGCUCCAACAUCUACUUGGAACUUUUCAGCACCAACCUCUGCCAGGACCUCCCUUUUCGGGAGCUCUACUAAACCAGAUGAUAGUUCCAAGACUAUAUCUUCGACAGAGUCUAACGGUAUAAGCGCCCCAGCGGCCUUUAAGGGUGGUUCACUCUUCGGAAGUGCCACCAAACCGGACGAAUCUGCUCUUGAAGCCGGGACACCCGCCGCGAGUAGUACUUCGGCUGUGUCGAGCACAACCCAGUCAAUCUUCUCUACUCCAUCUUUGGGAUCAACCUCGACAACUAGCAACAUUUUUGGGAAUCUCAAGGAAUCCAAAGACCAAACUGAGGAAUCUAAGAAAGAUGCUGCUCCUACGGAACCCCCGAAGUUCCAAUUCGGCAAUUCGCUCUUUGGAACUACCACUAAGCCGACCGAGACGGGACCUUUAACGCCAUCAUCUGCACCUGCAUCGUCGGUGUUUUCUUCUACACCUGGAAAGCCUCUCUUUGGGGAGUCAAAGACUGAAACUUCUGCGCCCGAAUCCUCAUCCAGCCCAGCAACGGCAUCGACUCUGGCAAGCUUUACUCCUUCUACUGCCGCACCAACACUGUUUUCCGCUUCCACCAAUGGCAGCUCUUUGUUUUCUGGCGUCUCCCAGCCGGAACAGAGUGUUUCAACAACCACAUCAGAUAAAGACGUUGCCCCUACUUCUUCAUUAUUUGCCGCUUCGGCUCCCGCUCCCGGUAGCGCCUUAUUUCCACAAUCUACCACAUCUAGCAACCUUUUCGGAAUCUCAAGCAAAGACUCCGAACCUGCACCACCUACGCCCAGUGCAUCCAUCUUUGGAGCAAGCACUACAACCCCCUCUUCUAAAACCACCUUUGGAGCAGGUUUUUCGUGGGGCGGUCCCCGGCCAUCAACAACUGAACCUAGCAAACCCCUGUUUACUUCUGACCAAUCCAAACCCGAUUCACAGCCUCCUCCCACAACCGUCGCUAAGGCAUUUGAAAAGCCUGCCGCCGAGAAACCAUCCUUGUUUAGCAUUGAAAAGCCUGCAGAAAAGGCGUUUGGGCCCACUGACUCGAUCUUCAAACCCGUCGAUGCUGCACAACCUCCAGCGAGCGUUUCCAAGGCGCUCUUCCAACCUUCUACUCCUACUGGGCCAGCUCAGCCUCAGGCUAUGAAGACGGUUGCCACAGAUGCUGGUACCAUGGUAGCAAAGCCCGCAUAUGCGGACUCCGGGAUGCAAACGCAGUACGAUGUGGAGUCAGAAGUUGCACAGCUGAUGCCCCCCGAGGACGCGAUACCAUCUGAGCUUAGUGAAGGCGAAAAGAAGGACUGGAUUAAUAAAUGGAGAUUCCAGUAUAUUAACCAGAGUUUCAAGGAACAAAUCGCUAGCAUUGAUGCUAGUUGCAACGAUUUUGAACCUCUUAUCGCCUAUUAUGUCAUGCUUCGUCGGCAGAUUGGAUAUCCCUGCUCUCUGGUCAGCCACUAUCGUGCUGUACCAUAUGGUAGCAGACGAACAUUCCCUGCCGGCGAGCCCAUUCCACCUCAGGAGGAACAGCAAAGUAAAAAGAGAAAGGCUGUAGAUGGGGAAGUUUCGAACGCAAAGCGUGGUAAACCUGAAGCCACCGAGCUAUCUCCGUCCACGUCGCCAACAAAACGGAAGGUGAGGGAUGAGAAUGGGGCAGAUGUUUGUUCAGGUCAAGUUGAAAAGUAUACCAAGAUGGACGAAGAUUCAAACAUUCCGGAAGUGAACGGUGAGAAAUCGAUAGAAGUCGACGAAGACCAAGGCGAAGCAUCUGAAACCCUACGCAUGUUCAUCAGCUCCUACGUCGCUGCUCAAGGACGACAGCGAUCUCCCCAACCUAUUGAUAUUGAAGAGACCGGUGGAAAGGAGAAACUUUCCAAAUUCACCUCCGAUGGAUUAGUUGGAGAUUUAUCCAAGGAUACAGUUUCAUCUGGAGUCUCUGCAGCGUCUCCGGGUGCCACCAACGGCCGUAGCUUAUUUGACAGAGUUGAAUUGGGACCUAACGGUCAACCGCGACGUCAGGUUGAUGAUAAAGCAGAAGGCAAUAAUGAUUCAGUCACAGCCGAAAAGCCUGCUGACCCUAUUGCAUCUCUGUUCAGUGGGUCGAAGUUUGCAUCUUCCUUCGAUUCGCCAGGAUCCGUUACUCCUCAGUUUUCGUUUGCUUCAGCUACUAACACUCGCACACCCUCCCCAUCAAAUCCAAAAAUUGACGGAGAGACGCCCAAGGCCUCUCCACCCAGCUCAAUCCUCGCGUCAAGCACAUCAAUCCCAAAAUUCUCCUUUGGAGCAGUAUCAGAAAGCGCCACGCCCAAGGCUGCACCUCCCAGCAAUGGUGUUUCUACACCGAAUCUCUCUACUCUUUUCGGCAGUUCUACCUCGAAGCCUCUUUUUCCCCCUAUGUCUGCCGAACCCGAAAAACAAAGCAGUAGUGCAAUGCUGUCUCCCGCUCCGUUUUCUGCCAACACAUCCGUUGAGCCUAGCCGUUCGACCACUCCAGCAGUCUCGGAUGAGGGAACGGGUGAGCCGACAGAUGACACGGCAAAUCUACCCCAGGUUGAUUUCACAAAAGGUGGUGCGGGUGAGACAGAUGAAGAUGUCAAAUUUGAAGUACGCGCCCGUGCUUUAAAGCUAGUACCAGGCUCCACAUGGCAGCGUAAGGGCGUCGGCUUGCUUCGUGUUUUGAAGAACCGAGAAACUGGUCGUGCACGAAUUCUGCUUCGGGCGGACCCAAGUGGCAACGUCAUUCUCAAUUCAUCGUUGAUUCCGCAGGUUGACUACCUUCAACGUGCAACCAGUGUUCAGUUCUUGGUGCCCACUGGCAAAGAAGCUGAACAAUGGGCUCUGAAAGUUAAAGAGGCUACUAAAGCUUCAGAGCUGGCCGCAGUUAUGGAGGAAUGCAAGAAGAAGGAUUAGAUGACACGUUCAAACUGUCCCUUUCUUAUCUCUUUUUUUUUGCUUAUGGGUAACGGCUCUGAUGAACCUUGUAUGUGCUGCUUUUACUGGCUCUCGGUUACAGAUCAUGUUUUAAUCCACGCGGAAUGGAAUAGGAUACAUUGUUGCGGUGCAAUAGCUCCAUGUUACUCCGCAAUUUCUGAUAUGAAAAUUGCCCUUGUUCUUCGACUGCGAAAAAAUUGUCCUGCAUUUGAUUACUCUACCUUCCAUUUUCUGUUUAUGUUUCGAUUCAAGUCCGACCUUUUGAAGAUGUUUGUCCUUUUAGAUUGGAGUACGGAGUGCUUUGGCUUUCUUUUACACAGUAGCAUAGCCUUUGUUGUGACAGAGUUUUCAGCCACUGCAUCUUGUCCCGGAUAGAAUACUUGCAGAUACCUUUCGACCCUUCAAAUUGUUUUGAGGGCAUGCCUGUGAUCAGGUCUCUUGUUUGAUAUGAAGUGGGCAGAGGCUGCUUUCCGGUCUCGUUCUUAUGUUGAUUUGGAUUGGGAGAAGGAAGCCUAUGUAUGUAUGUACCCGAUUGCAGACCGCCGUGAUGGCGACUACAAAAGAAAACAAUUUUUUUCUCGCU